AUGGCGACUCCAGCAGCAGCCUGGUCGGCGCCUUCGCCUCAUCCAGGACCAGCACAGCAAGUUCCGAGUGAAGAAUUGAACAUGCAGACUAAGCCCAUGGCACUGAAGGUGCACUAUACUUUCAACCAAGACACCCACUGCCUGGCGCGGUGGCCUCAAAUACUCCAGAUUCAGACAAUUCCGAUUGACGAUCGGUUAACAAUUGGCGUGGUCGACCUGCGAACAUGUCUGCAGGCAGUUGCCCAAUGCAGUCCCGAAAUUGUCAACAACCCCGAAACCGACUACAGCGUCUAUGCCUACGAUUUCUCCGAGCCGGAUAUGCCCCUGGUCGGGCAAGGCAUGCUCUCAUGGGUGUUAGAUCCCCAAGGCGGGCCCCAACAACAACAACAACAACAGCAGCAACAACAACAACAACAACAACAACAACAACAACAACAUGCCCAGUUUGUCACCGGCCGGGUGACGCGUAAUCUCUUGGCUAUCUUGAGCAAUGGCAUCCGUGACACAUUGGAGGUCAAACUGAAGUUGACACCCGUUAAGAGGACGGUUCAACGCGCCGAGCACCUUGCGAUCGAGUCAGCUAGCGCGCCGAGAGCACCGACACCCAUCGACCCCGCGUCCGAAUGGAACAACUUCCUCCAGUCGAACCCAAUGUUAGGCCACCAAGCCUCACACGUGGGCGCUGUCUCAUCCCCAGCACUCCCUACAGCUCAACUGCCACAGUAUCCUCCCCAGAUGAACGAGAGCAGACCGAUGGACCUGCGAAACGACAUGAACCACCAACAGCCCUCUCGGCCGAGUAGCAUCCCUCCUCAGGGUGUACCCGCGCAGCUGCCGCAGCAGCAACCGCAAUACCAGAACCAACAACACCCACCACAACAACCUCAACCUGUGCAGCCUAUCCAUCACCAACAGAAUCCUCAGCACCAGCCUCCAGCUCGACAGCAACAACCCCAACAACAAUAUCAGCAGCAACAGCAGUUUCAGCAGCCGGCAGCACAGCAGCUGCACCAGCAACAGCAGCCUGUUUUGGCACCGGCUCCCCCUCAGCCCAGAUCACAGGGCGCAGAGAACACCCCAUCGCCUGCUCCAAUUGCUGCCGCGCCGAUGGAGUUUGUUUCGCAGCCGCGCCCUCCUCGACCUGCGUCGAGGUCUCGCAGCAAGCAACCUACCGGCAGGCCUAGAGGAAGGCCUCGGAAAAAGCCUCUUGAGACGGGUAACACCUCGGCCGCAGAGGAAGCGACUGAUGGUGAUGAUGGCCCGCAGAAGAAGAGAGCGAAGGUAGUCAGGACUGAGUACAGCCCUAUUGCUCCAUUCGGUGCUGUUCACGAUUCCCUGCGAGUGGCUGCGAGCACCUCUAGCUCUUUACGCGCUAUGCGGCCAGUCGCUUCUGGAAAUGAGGUUACUACCGGUAACCACGGCCAGGAUGUCCCUCGAGCGCCCACUCCUAUUCCAGACGCGUCAAUGUUGCAGCAACAACAGAAGCGGAGACUUCUUGACCUUAAGUCACGGUCCGAUUCCAUCCUUAGCACAGAUCCGCCGGAGCCUGGGAGGCUGGUGGUACGAAAUUAUAGUCAGGAUGCUCAAUCUCCUGCCGACUCUAUCGCGCAGUCACCUGACCAUGGUUAUUCGCCCGAAGACAGCACUGGUGAUAUCGGCUCGUCGCCCCCUGUCCCCCGAACCGCAGCCUACAUUGCGCAGUCUAGUCCUCCUUCGAGCCCUACCCUGCCCCCCAUGCGGAUGUCGCAGAUAGACUCUGGAUUCAUGAGCGGUGGAAUCGAGGACUUUUUCGACGAUGAUGAGGUAAUGCACGACCUGUCUCAACAGGAGCAGACCCAGGAACCGACGCUUCCUGUUCCGACUCUUCCAGCUCCAGUGCCAACCAAACUGCCGAAAAAGAACACCCAACAUCAGCCACAGCUGCCGACAGGAGAUUUUUCGUUCCGUGAAGAGAACCCUGGCCCUCCCGAGCUCUUGCCAAGGGAGAGCAUCUUCAACCCUCAGGGUAAAGUGAAGGCGCUGAACAGGCCACAUCCUGCUCCAUCUUCACAGCCCACGCAGAUAAGACCGUCGAAUCGAACCUUUAAGCGGUCAAACACCGCACCACAAACAGCCGUGUUCUCUCUGGAGCAGCCGGAGCAAGCUCCCCAACAGCAACCCUGCCCACCCAGCGAGGCAAGCGGACAAGAACCAGCUGAUGUUGUGGACCAACUCUGCCCCCCUCCUGAGCAGCCGGAGCAAACCGCUAAUGGCUCGGCUGAACCGGGGCAGCCUGCCGCAGACAACAUGACCGUCGAAAAGGGAAACACCGAGGUUCAGGGUGAACGGCCAACGCCGGCUCCCACAGUUCCUGUGUUGACAUUGCCAAUGCCUGUUCCCCCUCGCCCGGAACCCCUCCAGUCAGAGGUUUCUGAGCCAGUUGUCACUGCUCCGACGGCUCCUGUGCCGAAAUCUGCGUCAAGGCCCGCUUCGAGACCCGCCUCGAGAGGUCUGCCGGCCCCAGCCGCUCCCGCAAGCGAUCCUGUCGUCGAGACCUCCAUUACCUUGCCUCGGCCCCCGAUGUCUGAACCGCCCUGCCCCCCGAGCGAACCGGAUCCCCCGCCGCGAUACAGCAAGAACUUGAUCAAAAAACAGUCCAUCAAGGAGCGACUAGAGAACGCAAUUGCGAAGGGCGAGUCACCGCCAUUUUGCAACAACUGCGGUGCUAUUGAGACCCCAACAUGGCGGAAAAUUUGGACCCAAGAACAAUACGGCGUUCCUCAAUUCUACGAGUUCUCAGACAAGCCAGGCGCAGUCACGAUGAUCGAGGUCUUGGAUCGCGAUGCCAACGGGCAGAUCUCGAUGUAUCGCCUCGUCAAGAAAAACCUUGGUGCUAAUGACGACAAGAGGUUGUGGACAGAAACUAUCCUCUGCAACCCUUGCGGUAUCUGGCUGGGCAAGUUCAAGGCACAUCGCCCCCCCGAGAGGUGGGAUAAGGAUGCUGCUCGCCUUAACCAGCCGCGCAAGAGACGGAACAAGAACAACAAUGCUUCGAAGAACAAGAAGUCAGAGCCGAAGAACGAUACGGCCAAGACGCCUAAUCUCACUUCUGAGGCGUACUUUACGACUGACCCGAUCGGCCCUGCGGAGGAAGAAGUGGUUCGACCUCAGCAGUCUGUGAACGCUACUGGCCAGCAGCAGCAGCAGCAGCACACCGAAGGAUCAGGAAUGUCGGUCGAGGAACAGAUAUUAAACUUGCGCAGCUCCCCGAAACAGCCCUUAUUGGGGUCGACUCACUCCAGGGGUAGUGGAACCGCGGACAGCCCUAUCCGGAUUGAGGACGACCUUGGAAGCACAAGACGGCUGCUCUUCCCGUCACCCCGAAAGGAUGGUGUUCCCAAGGUUCUCGGGGAGCUGCCAGUGAAUUAUGUAGUGCAGUCUGCUAAGGGCCAGGAGGCCAAGUCCGCGACGGUUGGCAAGGAGAACGAAAACACUAACAACCCGGCUCAGCUUCUAGAGCGCCCUGGGACUCCGAUCGUCGAAGAUCAUGACGAACUUGAGCAGGAACUCUUCGGUACUCCUCCUCGCCGCCCUUCCACUCCUCCUUCGAAGGCUGCUGCAAGUGCUGGUCCGUUUAAGACCCCGACCCGACCAACACCCAACCACCGCCCGAUUACUAGGAGUAUCUCGCGGUCGAUUCGUUCAAUGGCCAGCCUACCGAAGUCUCCCAGCCAAAUUUUUCAUCAGCUUCCUCCGCGCACGCCAUCUAAGACCCCGCGGUCGGGCAAGCGUCGUACCCCGCGCAGCGCAAACAAUGCUAACAACAACCACCUACAUGCACAUUUUGCGCUUGAAAAUGAGGCGCUUACUCAGCUUCAGUUCGACUCGCCCUUCACGGCAACACUUACACAGCUACUGAGUGAGGCGAACGAGUUUACGGCCGGGUCGCCGUCGCACGGGCUGGACGAUCUGGACUUGAGCGCAGUGCUGGGCCAUGUACAGCAACAGGGACAGCAAGGCCAACAGCAGGACCAAGGCACACAGAAUAGUGGUCAUCAACAACAGCAACAACCUGAUUUCAGCAACUUCUUUGGUAGCGCAGAUUUUCCUAUGCCCAGCUCCCCUCCCUCUCUCUUCCGCAAUAAGAACGCGGCAGAACCUGGUGGUGCACUACAGGGCCAGCAAUUGCAGCAGGCUCAAAAGCAGCAGCAGUAG